CACUGUUGCAACUUUCCUGACCAGAAAUUCUUCCGAGCUGAAGAUGUUGCGUUCGACUUACAAAGAAAGUAUUUUGAAUACAGUCGCAAAAAGUUUAAGCCUUUUGUCUUAUUGGUUCGAGAGGGACUCAGUCGUCUGAAUAUCAAGGAUAGACCUGAUCCGAAAGCUGAGAAGGCGAACGUGGAGGGAGUCGAGGUUGAACCUGAAAUUAGUGUGGUUCGCGAAUUGAUCUCACCAGGAUCAAAAGUGAAAAAUGAGAGGAAGAGAAGAGCUCAGGGCUAUGUUUCCUCAGCGCCGAAGGUUGAAGACGUUUACGUGUCUAGCGAUGAAGAGAAUGAUAAACAGUUCGAGGAAGUAAAGGAAGUGUGCCGUCUCGCGAUGCAUAUGAAACGACCACAUACAUAUGGUGUAUUGGGAGUCGAACCACCUAAAGGAUUUCUGGUGCAUGGUCCACCUGGAUGCGGAAAAACGCUCUUUGCUCAGGCUGUGGCGGGCCAAUUCAACUUACCCAUGAUCCAACUGGCUGCCACUGAACUAGUUUCUGGUGUAUCCGGAGAAACCGAAGAUAAGAUUCGACAGCUGUUCAUAAUAGCAAAACAGAACGCUCCGUGCGUACUGGUGAGUUAG